CGUACGUGACUAACAUUACAUUGCAACCUCAAAUUCUAUGAGCGAAGUAGUUUGUUUCCGACUGAAAAUAAUUAAAUAUCUUACUGAAAAUGACUUCAAUGAAGGACAUCUCAACAUUGUAUCAAAACUUGAAAACUGAGUGGCAAAAGAAGCCGCGAAAACUCGAUAAAUGCGGCGAAUUAUUGAACAAAAUCAAGAUAGCUCUAACGCAAUUUACUUUCCUUCCGAGUAACCACACCCCUGCGAACCAGAAAGAGUUGAUAUUAGCUCGAGAUGUGCUGGAAAUUGGUGCCCAAUGGGCAGUCGCCGCCAAGGAUGUUAAGGCUUUUGAAAGAUUCAUGUCUCAGUUGAAAUGUUACUAUUUUGAUUACAAAGACCAUCUCCCACAAUCGGCAUUUAUGUACCAGCUUCUUGGUCUGAACCUUCUGUUCCUGCUUUCACAAAACCGUGUGGCGGAGUUCCACACUGAGCUUGAAAGACUGCCUGUUGAUGCCAUCAGACAGGAUCCAUAUGUGAGGCAUCCGCUAGCCCUGGAGCAGUAUUUGAUGGAGGGGAGCUACAAUAAGAUCUUCUUGGCUAAGGGUAACGUCCCAGCAGAAAGCUAUACCCUGUUCAUGGACACUCUUCUUGACACUGUCCGGGGAGAAAUAGCUGCUUGCAUUGAGAAGGCUUACCAGAGCAUUCCCUGUGCCGAGGCCGCCAGAAGACUGAACCUGGCCUCACAGCAGGCUGUAUUGGAUUAUGGAAAGAAGCGCAACUGGGCGCUCGGUCCCGACAACUGCUAUCACUUCAACGCAGCUGAAGAGAACAACGCGGCGGCUGCGGAUGUCCUGCCUUCUUCGGAACUAGCUGAACAGACCAUAGAGUACGCACGACACCUCGAGAUGAUUGUCUAGAGAUUAGUGUGUGUGCAUCAUAAUCAUAGGUUAAGAAUAUUGUAGAUUCAAUGUCUAAACCAAUAUUUCAAAAAGAAGGAAUCUGUGGCUGAAGACCAGUUUCCCUAAAUGUGAGCAGUUAUAAAGAUCAUCCUAAAUACAUUUAAGCAACUUGUGUACGGCCAUAAAAUAUGGAAGAGUGCAAGCAAAUCAAAAUACACACUAUUCAAAGGUUCCGACAUCGCAUCUCUAAUAUUCUAGACCUAUAAUAGAAACCUAAUUAAAUUACUUAUAUUCAUUCGUAAUAAAUAUUUUUAAAUGCAAA